AUGUCAGAAAUCAAACAAGAUCAAGAUCAAUUCAUUGUCAAACCAACAUUAAUUCAAUAUGGACAUCAUGUAUUGAUAAAACUACCCUCAUCAGGUUUAAAAGUUGCACAUGUUACAGAAGGAGGCUCAAUUAACUUGGGGAAAUUUGGUACGUUUGAUUUAUCCGGGAUUGUUGGGUUCCCAUUUGGUCAAACAUUUGAAGUAUUAGAUGAAAGAAAAGUUCGUGCAGUUAAAUCUACAACUUAUGGUAAUGUUGAUACUUUAGAACCUGAAGAUAUCCCAACAGCUGAUGCCAAUGCUGAUGCUGCUGCUUCUGAUGUUGUCAUGGAUGAAACUAGUAAAGAAAACACACCAGAACCAAAAACAUUAGGUGAAAAAAUUGAUUAUUUAAAAAGAUUAGAUGUUAAAAGUAGUGAAACUAAUAGAGAUUUAUUAGAUAUUGGUGCUGGAUCACAAGCUUUAACAAUGGAAGAAAUUGAAACAUUGAAAAAAACUUCUAAAGGUGCAAAUAUUGGUGAAGCAAUUAUUGAUAAAUUAAUCAAGAGUCAUGCAAAUUUUAAUAAAAAAACUAUACAUUCUCAAGAAAAAUAUUUAAAAAGAAAACAACAAAAAUUCUUAAGAAGAUUUACUGUGGAAUAUUUAGGCUCAUCACAAUUAUUACAAUAUUAUUUAGAAAAAGAAGCUUCUAAAGUUUUAGAUAUGAGUGAAGAAACUCUUGGAUUAUUAUUAAGUUUAGGUAAUAUUCAAUCUGGUGGUAGAUAUUUAGUUAUUGAUGAAACAAGUGGUGUUUUGAUUGCAGCAUUAUUAGAACGUAUGAGAGGUUCAGGAGAAAUUGUUUUGUUACAUGAAAAUGAACAUCCAAAUAUAAGUGCAUUAGAUCAUUCAAAUUUCCCAAUUGAAAUUAGACAAAAAAUGAUUGAUUCAUUAAAUUUACUACAAUUUUUCGAACCAGAAUCAGAAAGAGUUGAAUUUCAAGAAUAUUCAACUGAAGAAUUAAAAGAAUUAAAAUCAAAUAAAAGAACACAUUAUCAUCGUCGUAAACAAAAUGCUAUAGAUACAAAUAAAGCUAUAGAUAAUGCUAUAAAAGGUGAUUUUGAUGCAUUAAUUGUUGCCACCACAUUAUAUACACCAACUUUAAUGAAGAGAUUAAUUGAAUCAGUUGGUGGUUCAAGACCAAUAAUUAUAUAUUCACAAUUUAAAGAACCAUUAAUUGAAACACAAUUAGAUUUUAUGAAUGAUUUAAGAAUUUUAACACCUGCAUUACAUGAAUCAAAAGCUAGACCAUAUCAAACUAUUCCUGGAAGAUUACAUCCAAUGAUGACUAUGCGUGGUGGUGGUGGUUAUUUAUUAUCUGCACUUCGAGUAUAUCCAGUUGAAGAAGGUGUAACAGCAGUAGGACGUGGUUUGAAAAAGAAACAAAAGUUUGAGAAAUAA